CACAUCCCUCGUCCCUCUUCUUCCCCCUCCCCAACCCUCCACGCCGCCACCCCCAACCUUUCCCCUCUAAUCAAUCAAAAUUAAGGAGAUGAACUCACUCAAUUUGCUCAAAAACAGCAGAAAACUUUGAAGAACUCUGAAAAAGUUGGAGGAGAGAGAAGAAAUACAGGGGAAGCUGCUCAUGGAUGCAUGGAGAGGUCCAGGAGCAGACAACACUCACCAGGCUAUAUUUGAUGCAUAUGGAGCUUAUCUUCAUGGUUCUCAGGGCACCCAUAUAAGCCAGCAACAACAAUGGUUAAGUUCUGCUUCUCUGAAUCAAAUACCAUAUCAUGCAUACCCCUGGAUGCAACACCUAGUGUAUGUUGCUGCUGAUGACAAUACAAUGCAUGGGAAUGAUCAAAACAAUGUGAGCUUUCAUACAAACCUGAGGGGAGACACUUCAAAGGGCAAGUCCACUCAAAUGUCUCCACCACUCCAACACCCUGUAGAUACCAUGGUGCAUGAUGCUCCCAUAUCAUACAUGCAGCUGCUCCUUGCUGCUGAACAAGAGGGGGCUAGAUACGGAUCCUCACAAUCGCAAGAAGAUCACCUAGUCCGUACUGAGAAUGAUAUGUACAUGAUAACUGGGCGAUAUGGGAGAUCAUCCGAAGAUACAGCCCGGCCUGAUGCUCGUUCUGCAGAUCAGUGUUUGUCUCAACUUGAUACACAACAUGAAGAAGAGGUGGAACCUUUUGUUGACAACCAUUUUACAGAAAGCUUGAAUGAUUUGAACUGGGACAGAGAUAUGGAGAUGGAUGGAGGAAACAAAAACUGCUUGAUAGAUUCAACUGAUAAUCCUUCUGACAGUGAUUCUGAGGAUGAUCUUCCUCCAACGUUGUUGCAAAGAAGCUCUGAUAUGACUGCUGUAACUGCUGGACAACAAGAAAAUAGUGGUGCAGCUGAUGAAGUUGAACAAUUGACAUAG